ACAUUGACAGAUACAUUUUUUUUUUCUUUUUCUUACUGUCAUGGGGACUACGGUACUUGUGUUAGAUCCAAUGAUGUUAAAGGGAAGCCAGAAAAUUGUUAGAAGAAUAAAACACCUUUAUUUUUUAGCCUUUGGAAUAUAAAAUAUACAUCUACUGAAAGAAAAAGUAACACUAUCGUGUGUAUCAAGUGAGGUUACACUUCCCAUUGACAAUCAAAGAAAACACAAGUUAAUAAAUUUCGUAUUUGUGUCUUUAUGAAAUUAUUACUACUAUGAAAUAAUUCUAAUUGUCUGAAGGAUAAUCAUAUUUGGCGAUUAAUUGAUGCUGUUUUAAAAAAUCCCACUAAUAUGUGACGUCACAGAAAUAAGUUAUGAAAAAUGUCCUAAUACAUCCUACGAUCAGUGUUUAUAAAUGUGGGAAGAUUUAUUAAUCUCGUUUAAUCGCUACUGUUUUUAAACAGAUUAUGUACAGGAUGUACAACAGAUUAUGUAUAUUUUAUGUUGUAUAAACGUAAGUUUCGUUUAAGAUCUAACUUUAAAAACUUCAGGCUUCCAAUAUUGACUUUGAAUGGUAGGAAAAUGUCAAAAUUCAGUUCGGCUUCCGUCAGUUUACCCAUUUCCGUAACAGAAUUGUUACAGUUAACUCAUUUGGGGAUUCCAUUAGAGCAUAUUACGUGGUCACGAGUAACAAUGACAUCUGAUCAAUGGAUUUGCAUUCGGCAUAGUGAUAAUUCUAAAAGUAAAAAAUAUUCAACAGGCAAUAAAGCAAUUACUGUUCUUAAUCCACAUCAUUCAUUUCCUGAAACUUGGGAAGCUAUUGCAAGUUCUGCUCAAAUGAACCCCAUUAAACCAUUAAUUGCUGUAAGAGCUGAUCUUGUUUUUCAAAUUUAUAAUCUUGAAACAAGAUCAUGUCUUCAUAAAUAUAAAAUGCUCCAACCAGUUCUUUAUUGGACAUGGAUUAAUUCCAGCAUAAUUGCUUUUGUAACAGAUACAGCAGUAUAUCACUGGAAUCUUUUACAAGAUAACAAUUUAUUUAAAAACUGUUAA